ACAACCCGAUGAUUUCAUAUUUCGGAGAAUGCUAUAAUGCAUUUGACGUAAUAGGUCAAAGACCUUUACCUGCGCAUUAUAUCUGAUGAAGAUCACAGCCAUGCCAUAGAUGGCAGAUAUUAUCACAAUGUGGGAAGUCAUUUUGCGAGUGCCCCCGCUUUUUGUCAUAGACUCUCUUCUCAACAACUCAUUUUUCUCCUACUUUCAGUUCCUUUAUUUUGAAGCACCGAUGACAUGGACACAGAACAUCGAAUGGCUGCUUUUGCUAACUUUGUGUAUUACUGUGGCCUUGGUAAUAUUCCUUCUGGGAACACACCAACUUCUCACCGUAUACAGCCGUAUCUUGUCCCUGAUGGCUGUCCUUGUUGCAUGUUUCAUGAAUAUAGAAUUCACAAUGCCAACCACCAAAUCUGUAUUUGGGAUAAACCUUCCCAACCCAAAAAAUGAAACAAUGGAUUCAGUACCACCGGAGAUGGUUCUUCACAGAUUACAAACCUGUGUUCAUUAUCUUAUUUGUCAGCUGGCUGCCGCUUUCAUCUUCUGUAAAUCCUGGCAAUUUCAGAGAGAUUUUCAACACAACAACAAGAAAUUUGUAUGUAGUGUCUUCUUGUCGUUUGUUUUUCCGAUGUUUGUGACACAAGUAAUUCAGGUGAUGUAUCAAAGUUCAGAAACCCUACUUUUCUGGUCACAAGUGAUUGGACUGAUCCUGCCAUUGAUGAUUGUGUCAGAAGAUGCUAUCAACUCUGCCUCUUUACUUUACAUCAGUGUGAGGCGUGCAUAUAACUUAGUAAAGCUGACGAUCAGUGCCAUUGGUUUACAAGGAUUCUUGGAAAAUCAUUGGGUUCGUUUACAAGUUCCAAAGGUGCUAAGAAUAUUUUUUACAAGUAGAUUUAUAUUUCAAGUUGGAUAUCAAUAUUGGACUUCAGAAUACGAGAUGUUGUCAAGGCAACCUAAUAUUAAUUACGUUAACACAGAUAUUUUAAACAAUUUGAGUUACCAGGUAGUGGUACGAAGCUGUGAUAAUAUUGUAGCAUUACUAGGUUUGACUAGCAUUGUGUCCUUCUGUGCUCAUUACAUUGGAGUUUUUAUGGCAUUCUGUAUAGGAUCGUCAGAAGAUGAUGACAAAAACAUGGGGACAGUGUCUGCAAUUUUAUUCUUUAUACUUGCCCUGCAAACAGGGCUAACUGGAUUAGAGCCUGAGAAACGACUAGCAAGACUCUGCAAAAAUUUGUACCUACUAGGAACUGCUAUCACACACUUCGUACACAGCAUGGUGCAUCCUCUGUUGAUGUCACUAAGUGCAUCACGUAACAUGCACAUCCAGCGACACAUACGAGCACUGACGAUGUGUACCUUCCUCAUCACAUUCCCAUCCUGCCUUCUGGCCUACCUCUGGAGCAUUCAUAAGAUCAACACAUGGCUCAUGGCCGUCACAGCAUUCAGCCUUGAAGUCAUCAUCAAGGUUGUAGUUUCCCUCAUGGUGUAUUUUCUGUUUAUGCUGGAUGCAUAUAGAGACAAGUUUUGGGAAUCUCUCGAUGAUUAUGUUUAUUACAUCCAGUCAACUGGUAACACUAUAGAAUUCUUAUUUGGAAUCUUCCUGUUUUGUAACGGAGGAUGGAUAUUACUGUUUGAAUCAGGAGGAACGAUUCGCGCAGUCAUGAUGUGUAUCCACGCUUAUUUUAACAUUUGGGUCCAAGCAAAAGAAGGUUGGAAAGUUUUCAUGAAGAGGAAAACAGCAGUAGAUAAAAUAAAUUCCCUCCCUUUAGCCAGUCAGGAACAGCUCAAUAGACUCAAUGAUGUAUGUGCAAUUUGUUACCAAGAGCUACAGAACGCUCGUAUCACAUCGUGUAAUCACUUUUUUCAUGGCGUCUGUCUCCGAAAGUGGCUAUAUGUUCAAGAUAACUGUCCAAUGUGCUACAAGGUAAUCUACAACCCCAACAUGGGAAAUAACUCAAGUUCAGAAGGGGAUGAUGCAAAUCAAAACAAUAUCAACAAUGGUUUAGUCCCACCAAUUCCAGUCCAACGAGACCAUCAAGAUUAGCUGCUGGGUCUCAUAAAUGUAGUGUAGUCUGUCAGGAACGAUUCCUAUAUCACAACCAGUAUUAGAUUUACAAGUGGGAUGAUUUGGUGACAAGACCCUGCCAUCCUCAUCACACAAAAUGACAAGUAAAGCAUAUGUCCACUAAGAUUUUGAGCUAGUAUUCAAAUUAACUGGUCUUUUCAAUUAUAUACUAUCAAAUACUGUUUGUGAUAUAGUCUAUAAUUCACACACAUUUGUCAGGAAACCUCUACAAACAUGGCGAUCUAGUGAAAAUUAGAAAGUUUACAUUUCUGUUUAAUAUUGACCUGUGUCCCUAUAUAUGUU